AUGGAAAUCCGGGUUCCGCCCGUCCCCAUGGACCGCCCGACUGUGGCCCUGUGGCGGGACCGGGGCAUGAACUUGAACCCGCAGGUUCUGGAAGACGACACGCGCACCGCGCUCUCCCUCGUCCACUAUGCCCUCCCCGAGCAGCUCGUCUCCCACCACGCCACCUUCUCCGCGCUUCCCGCCCUCGACGGCGCCGACCGCAUCAGCGGCCUUCCGGACGCGCUCCUCCGUGACAUCGUCUCCCGCCUCCCCAUCAAGGACGCCGCGCGCACCACCGCGCUCUCCUGCCGCUGGCGAAGCGUCUGGCACUCGACGCCGCUUGUCCUCGUCGACGCCCACCUCUUCCCUCCCGGAGGCGACGCCGCCCCGCUCCAGGUCGCGCGCGCCGACGGGCGGGGCGUCGCCUCCGCCGUCUCCCGCGUCCUCGCCGCGCACCCGGGGCCCUUCCGCCACGUCCACCUCACCAGCAGCCACAUGGAGGCGUUCCUGGGCCUGCUCGCGCGCUGGCUCCAGACCCUCGCCGUCAGGGUCGUCCGAGAACUCGUCCUCGUCAACCGCCCGUGGCCGCUCAACAUGGACCUCCCCGCUACGUUCUUCGGCAUGGCGACGCUCACCCGCCUCUACCUCGGCCUCUGGUAUUUCCCUGACACGGCCGACCUACCGCGCGCCGUGGCAUUCCCGCACCUCGUUGAACUCGGCCUCUCCUGUAUGGGCAUUGAGAACCAGGACAUGGACUUUGUCCUUGCCAAGAGCCCCGUGCUGAGGUUCCUAUGCAUCCAAGCUAAUAUUUUGCUGAGGCGCCUCUGUCUGGUCAGCCGCAGCCUCCGGUGCGUGCAGAUCAUCGAAGGCAUGGAACUAGAAAUAGCCGUGGAGAGCGCUCCGCAGCUCGAGAGACUCAUCAUCUGGCCAUCAUCGGCCCGUGACGGCUUGCCAAGGAGGGUCAAGAUUGGCCAUGCCCCUGCCUUAAGGACAUUUGGCUAUUUGGACCCGAAAUGGCACGCUGGGACAAGGGCCAGUCCGAACACCAUGGUGCCAAGUGUCAAGACCCUCAGCUUAAGGGUGUGCUUUUCAGUCCGCAACAAUGCCAAGAUGUUGCCGAGCUUCCUCAGAUGUUUUCCCAACCUUGACAGGUUGCAUCUUGAGUCCAGCAAAACUGAUGAGCCCACUGGCAAGCUCAACUUCAAGUUCUGGCAGGAAGCUGGUGCCAUCGAAUUUAUUUUGCGCAAUGCAGGUUGA